GUUUGUUCUAAAACUAAAACCCUAAACCCUUCAUCUCCGUUGAGCUCUCAUGGCGUCGGCGGUGGCGCUCAAGAAGAACUACCGAUGCUUCCAAUCUCUGCAGCAGUUCUACACCGGUGGUCCCUACGCCGUCGCCUCCGACGCCUCUUUCAUCGUUUGCGCCUGCGACGACACCAUCAAGGUCGUCGAUUCUUCUAACUCCGCUAUCAGAUCAACAAUCGAAGGCGACUCCGAGCCCGUGACCGCCCUCGUCCUCAGCCCCGACGACAAGUUCGUCUUCUCGUCCAGCCACAGCCGCCAAAUUCGAGUCUGGGAGGUCUCCACGCUCAAAUGCAUUCGCUCGUGGAAGGGGCAUGAAGGGCCAGUAAUGGGAAUGGCUUGCCAUUCCUCAGGAGGAUUGUUGGCAACAGCUGGUGCUGAUAAGAAAGUGCAAGUGUGGGACGUUGAUGGAGGCUUCUGCACACAUUAUUUCAAGGGGCAUAAAGGGGUGGUAACCAGCCUCAUGUUCCACCCAGACCCAAACCGGUUACUUAUUUUCUCCGGUGGGGACGACAGCACUGUUAGGGUAUGGGACCUUGUGAAGAAAAAGUGUAUCGCAACACUAGAAAAACAUCAAUCAACAGUUACUUCGAUUGCAAUAUCUGAAGAUGGAUGGACGUUGCUGACUGCUGGAAGAGACAAGGUUGUGAAUGUAUGGGACCUGCACGAUUAUAGCUGUAAAACUACUGUACUGGUGUAUGAAGCGCUAGAAGCCGUGUGUACAUUUGAUGCGGCAUCCCCUUUUGCCCUAUGUUUGUCAGCAUUUGCUCAGAAAAUCGGGAAGAAGAUCAGUUCAUCAUCUGUUCAGUUUUUAACAGUUGGUGAACGUGGGAUCGUGCGGAUAUGGAACUCUGAUGGGGCAGUGUGCCUCUUUGAGCAGAAAUCUUCAGAUUUAGCAGUCAGCUCAGAGAAAGAAGAAGUUAAAAGAGGUUUUACCUCUGCAAUGAUGCUUCCGUUAGGCCAAGGGUUGCUCUGUGCUACAGCUGACCAACAGUUUCUUAUUUAUGAUUUGGAUAAAAACGUCGAUGAUGGUUUGAACUUGGCCCUGAGGAAAAGACUAAUUGGAUACAAUGAAGAGAUUGCAGAUAUGAAGUUUCUGGGUGACGAGGAACAAUAUCUCGCAGUUGCUACAAGUGUCGAACAGGUAAGAGUGUAUGAUCUGGCAUCAAUGUCAUGUUCCUACAUAUUGACUGGGCAUAGCGAUGUGAUUCCAUGCAUUGACACCUGUGUGUCAGCUUCUGGAAAAACACUUAUCGUUUCGGGAAGUAAAGAUAACACUGUUAGAUUGUGGGAAGCCGAAAGCCAACGCUGCAUUGGUGUUGGCAUAGGUCACAUGGGUGCUAUUGGUGCUGUUGCUUUCUCGAAGAAAAACAGGAACUUUUGCGUCAGUGGUAGUAGUGAUCGCACAUUGAAGAUUUGGAGCUUUGAUGGAGUGUCAGAUGAUGCUGGAGAAGCUUCCAAUUUGAAAGCAAAAGCAGUAGUGGCAGCCCAUGACAAAGAUAUAAACUCGUUGGCAGUUUCACCUGAUGAUAGCCUUGUUUGCAGUGGUUCCCAGGAUCGUACAGCAGCCAUAUGGAGGCUUCCUGAUCUGGUCUCAGUUGUUGUACUUAAAGGUCAUAAGAGAGGUAUUUGGUCUGUGGAGUUCUCUCCAGUGGAUCACUGUGUCAUAACAGCAUCGGGUGACAAGACAAUCAAACUAUGGGCCAUCUCUGAUGGCUCCUGUCUAAAAACAUUUGAAGGACACACAUCAAGUGUCAUGAGAGCUUCAUUUAUUACACGGGGGACCCAAUUUGUUUCUUGUGGAGCUGAUGGUUUGGUGAAGUUAUGGACAGUCAAAACUCAAGAAUGCUUGGCCACUUAUGAUCAACAUGAAGACAAGAUAUGGGCAUUGGCAAUUGGUAAGAAGACGGAAAUGCUUGCUACAGGUGGUGUUGAUGCAGUUGUUAAUUUGUGGCAUGACUCUACAGCUGCGGAAAAGGAGGAGGCCUUCCGUAAAGAAGAAGAAGAUGUUUUGAAAGGGCAAGAUUUGGAAAAUGCUGUAUUAGAUCGUGACUACACUAGAGCCGUCCGACUUGCAUUUGAACUUCGCAAGCCUCACAAACUUUUUGAAUUAUUUAGUGAAGUCAUCAGGAAGCCAAACGCGGACGUUCAGAUUGAGAAGGCUCUUCGUCCUUUUGAUAAGGAAGAGGUUCGUCUACUCUUAGAAUACGUAAGAGAAUGGAAUACGAAACCAAAACUCUGCCAUAUAGCACAGUUUGUUCUGCAUCGCCUAUUUACCAUCCUCCCUCCGACAGAUCUAGUCGAGAUGAAGGGCAUUGGAGAACUGCUUGAAGGCCUUAUUCCGUAUUCACAGAGACACUACACCAGAAUCGAUAGGUUGCAAAGGAGCACAUACCUCUUGGACUAUACCCUAACGGGAAUGUCUGUCAUCGAACCCGAAGCAAACGCCACAGAACCAAGAAAAAACGAGGAUUUAGGAGAAUCAGCUAGGGAGGAAGGCGAGGACUACCCAGAGCCCAAAGAUGCAUCAACAAAAAAGCGAAAAACACGAAAGUCUCAAGAUAAAAAGCAGAAGAAGUCGAAGGUGGCGUAUGUGAGCACAGCGACCAUAUCCUCUCCAGCCUAAUCCGUUUGAUCCGACAUUGGAGGUAACAUAUGCCUUUUGUCCCAAGAAAAUAUGGCUGUUUGUUUGCAAUUGUCGUGCACUUAAAGCUGGCACAUCGAAUCUGGGUUGUGCUCGUGGGCCAAACCGUUUGAUGUGGUUACUCAAACAAGACGGCUCGGAUCGUCUGACAGGUCAAGAUCCGGCCGCUCAUAUACUGGUCCUGUUUCUCCAAAGUCCAGAAACAAACAGCCUGUUGUAACUUUAUCUCAUUAAUGCAACGGAACUUAUGUUCUAGAACAAAUUUAUGAGUCUACUCUUUCUAAAAAGACGAAAUUUUCCAUGUGGUUUUGCUUACAAUAUAUAGUUAAUAUUUCCUGA